AUGGAGAAGGAAGCGGCGCAGCGGGCAGUGGCCAACGCUGCAAAGAAGAAGAAGGCAGAGGAGCGCAUAUCCAACGCCCUGUCCCAGAACGAGGCCAUCCUGCAUCAGAAGCGCCAGGACUUUGAGGAGCGGGAGGCGGCCAGCGAGGUGCGGCGGCGUGAGAUGGAGGAGGAGCGCCGCGCCGCGGACGAGCGCAAGCGCGCUGAGGAGGAGCGGCAGCAGGCGGAGCGGCGGGGCAAGUACGAGCUCAGCCUGCAGCGGGAGGAGGAGCGCAAGCAGGACAUCAAGGGCCGCGCGGCACGCAAGCAGCAGCUGCUGGACGAGGCUGACUCAGCGCGCAGCUCUGCCAACAGCCAGCGGCGCGUGGAGCGCGAGCUGUUCAACGGGCUGCGGCGCGACAAGGUGGACUCCAUACAGAAGAUGCAGGCGUACCAGCGGCAGCUGCUGCUGGAGCGCAUCAUGGAGGAGAAUGAGAAGACGGCGCGCAUGCUGGAGCAGCGGCAGGCCAUCCAGGAGCAGCGCAAGUCCGCCAACAUGAACGCCAGCAUGCACCGCAACAAGGCGCGCGGGAGAUGGGGGGGGGAUGCAGCGCAUUGUGGCCCAGCUGAUGGAGUCGAUGCGUAG